CUGCCUACUAUCACUGAAACCUCCAUAUCAAUUCCAAUUGGAAACUGGGAAGUUUAUAACAAUAAAUAGAAUUGGAACUCUUACUCUGAUUAUUUAUCCUCCGAAUUGCGAAUAUAAAAGUACCCGCAUUCUGGGUUACAAAUAUAUUAGAAUGAGCUUUCGACUCAACAUUGCAAUGAAGAUAGCAGUGUUGCUUCUCUUAUUAACUGUUUAUAAAACAUUUGCUGCUCGGUAUGAUGAACGUGAGAUCCCAUGGAAUUUAAAUCAAAAUCGUGAAGCCGUACAUCCUUUGGAUUACUGGGGAGAAUGGGAAAACCAUAGCUACCACCCUAGCCCGGACGACUGGAGAGUGCCGUUUUACACCAUUAUCUUAGACAAAUGGAAAGAUGGGGAUCCAACAAACAAUGAAGCCAACAACACAGUUUAUGAGUACGAUAUACGCGAAACAGGAUUCAGAAGCGGUGGAGACAUCGUUGGAUUGAAAGAUUCACUGGAUUAUUUAAUUUCAAUUGGUAUAAAGGUUAUCUAUAUCGCUGGUACACCGUUCCUAAAUCAACCUUGGGGUGCUGAUCAGUACUCACCACUAGACUUCACAGUCCUCGAUCAUCAUUCAGGUACUAUUGAGCAAUGGAGAGAUACUAUAGAAGAAAUCCAUAGAAGGGGAUUAUAUCUGAUUUUGGAUUUGACAGUGGCUACGUUAGGUGAUUUGGUUGGAUUUAAGAAAUAUUUAAAUACUACAACUCCUUUUUCGUUAUUUGAGCAUGAAGCGGUUUGGAAGGACGCACAAUAUUACCCUGAUUGGGAUUUCUCCAAUGAAUACGAUCCAGACUGCGAACUCCCUAGAUUUUGGGGUGAAGAUGGUGCCCCCGUAGUAAUUGAUUAUGUUGGCUGUUAUGAUUCAGACUUUAACCAAUAUGGCGAUACAGAAGCUUUUGGUACGCAUCCCGACUGGCAACGUCAGCUCUCCAAGUUUGCAUCUGUUCAAGAUCGCUUAAGAGAUUGGAAACCGUCUGUUUCUGAAAAACUCAAACGAUUUGCCUGUUUAGUGAUUUCGUCUCUGGAUAUUGAUGGAUUCCGUAUUGAUAAAGCCACGCAAAUCACUGUUGAUUUUCUUGCUUCAUGGGCUGCUUCUGUUCGUGAAUGUGCCGGAAAAUAUAAUAAAAAGAAUUUCUUCAUUCCAGGCGAGGUUACAGGCUCAUCCAGUUAUGGAUCUAUUUAUUACGGACAGGGACGACAACCUGAUCAAAGACCCGCUUCGCUCUGGUCUUCCUUAAACAAGUCAGAGUUAAUCAAAGAAAAUUAUCUGCGGGAUCCUGGGCUAAAUGCCCUUGAUGCCUCUGCAUUCCACUAUUCUGUAUAUCGGGCGUUAACAAGAUUUUUACAAAUGGAUGGUGAUUUGCGAGUUCCUUAUGAUCUUCCUGUCGAGUUCACAGACCUCUGGAAUCAGAUGGCCAUCAAUGAGGAUUUUUAUAAUCCCAAUACCAAAAGAAUUGAUCCCCGUCAUUUGUUGGGCGUUACCAAUCAUGAUGUUUUUAGAUGGCCCGCUAUUUAUGAUGGUGUAGAGCGCCUGUUGUUGGGAACAAUGGUUACAUAUUUUUUGUUUCCGGGGAUUCCUUCGAUUUAUUACGGAGACGAGCAAGGGCUCUACGUAUUAGAUAAUACUGCAGACAAUUAUCUGUACGGUAGACAAGCCAUGCCUUCAUCACCUGCCUGGAAGAUUCAUGGCUGUUAUACGUUACUUUCUGAUCAAUACCCCAAUAUGCCCUUUACUAAGGCUCUGGAUGGCUGUAAAGACGACUGGAACACUUUGGACCACUUUGAUUUUGCGAAACCUGAGUUGCAAAUGCUUAAAAUCUAUAAUCAAAUUCGCAAUCAUUAUCCUGCAGUUAAAGAUGGAUGGAAGUCAAAAAAAAUUUCCAAUUGGACUAGCUAUUUACAACUUCCAAAUAGCGGGUCAAUCCCAACCGAAAUUGGUGUUUGGAACAUUGUAAGAGGAUUUCUUGAACCUCUUCAAAAUCCAGCGGACUAUAAGCAAGAUAAUACGUGGACUGGUGAUUUAUGGUUUUUGUACAGCAAUGAAAAUAAAUCUGUGACGCUUGAGUUCCCUUGUUCUUCUUUAAACGCCAUCGUAUCUCCUUUCCAAGAAGGCAUUACUGUUAAGAAUAUUAUUUUUCCAUAUGAAGAGUAUGUCCUUCGUGAAUCAAGUACGUUUUCAAGUGAGUACAAGUCUUAUCUUGGUUGUAUUCCCAAACUUACUCUUCCUGCAUGGGGCUACAAAAUUUUUGUUCCCAAAGAACAAUUCAUAGAUUACCUUCCACGUGUUACAUCGUUCAGCCCUGCCCAUGAUGCUAGAUUGCUAAAUGAGAAUGGUCAACAAAAGUUUCAAAUUAUGUUUUCAGAGGAGAUGGACUGUGAUGAAAUUAGUAGAAAGCUGUCAUUUAUUUCUAAAACAGAAACAGGAACUAGUAUGGAGCUUGACAAGGAUUCAGUUGUUUGUCAGAGAGUUAAUCAAUCGAAUAAUGAGUAUUACUUUGGAUACCCGACUGCAAAAUUUGAAUGGUCCGGGUUACUAAAAAAUAUAGAUGAUGGUGUCCAUCAAAUUGUUCUUCCAGAGGUGCAGACUAGCAAUCAUCUAACUAAGAGCGAUUCUCUUUAUCGUAUUACACUCCGAUUCGGGAAACACGAUAAUCCAAUGGUUUUCCAAAAUGCUACUAGAGUUCCUGAUCUGCUAAUUGAAGAAAACGAUAAAUUAUACAUCAAGCAUAAGGCAGCGGGUGCUGAUUUAUUCCGAUAUUCUUUUGAUUUUGGCCUUAGUUGGUCUGAAUGGGAGCAUUAUCAAGGUUCGUUUACAGAAUGCACCCUUUUUGCAAGAAAUAUUUCUAGAAAAACUUGGGUUGGCCAUCACGUCUCAGUACAGUAUUGGAAUCGCAUUACAGCAUCGCCAAAUCAUAUUCAAGAAGGGAGUAUAGGUAAGCUUGGAUCGUUUCCGCACCUUUAUAUGAACGGUCCAUACAAUGAAUGGGGUUUCGAUGCAGGUAUCCCUAAUAAACUAAAAUUCAAUGAUGAUUUUACAUGGAGGAAAUCCAUAAUCAGUGAGAUAUUUCCUUCAAAAUUGCAAUUUAAUGUUUACAAUGUUGAUGAAUAUGGAAGGCCUGAUCAAAAAAGAGUUUAUGGCUCUAAUGGAAAUAGUUCUGUUCUUUCACGCCUUCCGCCUUCCGAACUUAAGGAAUCUGUGGUUUUAAUUCAAACUCCUCCUCCAAAGUCUUAUUUGUCCUGGGAAGUAGUUGUUGAUGAUCUAAACAGAUCCUUCAAGUUUCUCCCUAAGGGAUCAUCAACUGUUUCCAUUAUAUUUUUUGUUACUUUUGCAACAACCCCUCUGUUAUCAGCAAUACUAACUGUUUGGGGGUUUAAAAGUUAUUUUUAUAAGGUUCGACUUAAUGAUGGCGAACAGCUCAAGACUGUUUGGAAAGGAAAAUUUUUUAAACCUUUUAGAAAAUAUGAUCAACUCCAACAACCUUCAUCUCUUGAAAUGGAUACAUUUCAUAAAACUGAUUCUGCUAAAGGAAGAUUAUUGACUUUAGUUGCAACACUGGAAUACAACAUCCCCGACUGGCAAAUCAAAAUUAAAAUAGGAGGUUUGGGAGUGAUGGCGGAGCUUAUGGGAAAGCAUUUACAGCAUCAUGAUUUAUUGUGGGUUGUUCCUUGCGUCGGAAAUGUUGAGUAUCCUGUCCAGGAAGAAGUCGAACCUUUAGAAGUCGUUGUCUUGGACCAGAUCUACCAGGUUAAAGUUUAUAUUCAUUAUCUAUCUAAUAUCACUUAUUUACUAUUAGAGGCUCCUGUUUUUAGGAAGCAAACCACUUCUGAACCUUACCCACCUCGCAUGGAUGACUUGAGUUCGGCUAUUUUCUAUUCGGCCUGGAACCAAUGCAUUGCUGGGAUUGCUAAAAGAUACCCUAUUGACUUAUACCAUAUAAAUGAUUACCAUGGUGCCUUAGCGCCUCUAUACCUACUUCCGAACAUAAUUCCUUGUGUUAUGUCUUUACAUAAUGCAGAAUUUCAAGGUCUAUGGCCUCUCCGAACGCCAGAAGAAAAAUCGGAAGUCUGUGCCGUGUAUAAUAUAUCUACAAAAGUUUGUACAAAUUAUGUGCAAUUUGGAAAUGUUUUUAAUUUAUUACAUGCUGGUGUUUCCUAUAUUCGAAUACAUCAAAACGGCUAUGGCGUAGUGGGUGUUUCAAGUAAGUAUGGCAAACGGUCUAGAGACAGGUACCCAAUUUUUUGGGGUCUGAAAAAAAUUGGAAAACUCCCCAAUCCCGAUCCUGCCGAUACAGCUAGUAUAGAGCCUCGGAGUGAAGUUUCUGAACCUACGGAAACAGAUGAAAAAGCUAUUGAACAAAAAAAGAAACAGAAAAAGGAAGCACAAACUUGGACUGGACUUGAAAUUGAUGAAACUGCUGAUUUGUUAGUUUUCGUAGGCAGAUGGUCUAUGCAGAAAGGAAUUGAUUUAAUUGCUGAUAUAGCUCCAAUUCUUCUCGAAGAUUAUAAUGUUCAGCUGAUUACAAUUGGUCCGAUUAUAGACUUAUAUGGAAAGUUUGCUGCCGAGAAGCUCGAUUUUUUAAUGAAAAAGUAUCCAGGACGGGUGUAUUCGAGACCAGAAUUUACGCAUUUACCUCCCUGUAUAUUCAGUGGAGCAGAUUUUGUUCUAAUUCCUUCAAGAGAUGAGCCUUUUGGAUUGGUCGCUGUUGAAUUUGGCAGAAAAGGUGCUUUAGGAAUUGGAGCGCGAGUAGGUGGUUUAGGCCAGAUGCCGGGUUGGUGGUAUUCCGUAGAAUCAAACACCACAUCUCAUACAAUUCAGCAAUUUGAGGAAGCUUGUCGAAAAGCGCUAAGUUCGUCAGAACUGCAACGAGCUCGUUUGCGUGUUCAAUCCGCUCGUCAAAGGUUUCCUGUUUUAGAAUGGACUUCAAAACUGGAUCAUCUAAUGAAAAACAGCGUGAGAAUGAGUAGAAAGUAUAGAAAAGAUUCAGAGAAGACUGUGAAGUUUGGCUCCCGUUUCGUUUUUCCUUUGCAGAAAAAUCUAUCGAGUUUACGUGUAUCUAAUAACGAAAGUGUUUUGGACCAAGUGAACGAUGAAGAUUGUCUGUCUUCUUCUCUCAAUAAUCAAUCCGAGCUGAAUAGAAUGUAUUCCUUGGGUUCCAGACGAGGACCUGGGCACCAGGCAAAUUCAAACAAUGAAUUUCUCAUCGGACUUUCUAAAACUAAUAAUAGCGAAGUUGGAGAAAAUUCUGAAACUUCGGAGCAUUCAUAUGAGCCAUCCGUGAGGGUAAUAUCUGAAUAUAGUACUCCCCCAGAGUUACGCGAUACUUGUGAACACGAUGUUUCAAACAGUAAUAACUCAUUUUGUCAGUGUUGUGAAGGAAACGAAGACUUGUUAUGCAAUGUUUCAUCAGAGGAUGUGCAUCAAUCAGGUAUUUUACCCAACGAAUGCUUUAAAAAGCAAAAUGAAUCUCAGUUAAGUUUAGCUUCCGUCCUUACACUCAGUGGGAACAAAGAGUUUGCCUUAACAAAAACGGAUGAUGACUUUACGGAUCACAAUGGUAAAGCACUUGAGUAUUUUAUCCAAUGCCUAAAAGAUCUUACUCCAAAAAACUCUAAGGAUGACCUCUGUAUUGAGGCAUUUAUCACAAAGAUGAAAAAAGAAUGGUUUGAUGGUAUUCGAAAUCUGAGAUUUGGAAUUGAGCGACCAAAUAUGCUCCUUGACUAUGAAGACAAACAACUAUUAAUGAAUGAUUCGUUUAACAAAGUUUCAACUAUGCUGGACAAUAUCUAUGAUCAAAAGCUUAUUGAUGAAGAAGGUUCUUCUAUUGACUCUUCCAAAAGGCAAACGUCAAGAAUUAAAUAUUUUAUGCAGCGAAGAUUCGGCGAGUGGCCGGUCUAUUCGAUUAUUCUUUCUUUCGGGCAGAUUUUAGCUGCUAGCUCUUACCAACUGAUACUUCUGUCAGGAUCUUCGGCACAGUAUGCCGAACAGUUAUAUAUCGUUGGUAGUAUAUUUGCAGUUUCAUCCGUUGGCUGGUGGUAUAUAUAUCGAAAGUUACCAAACAUCGUGUGUUUGACAUUGCCAUUCGUGUUAUACUUCCUGGCUUUUACGCUCAUUGGAGUAUCUUCUUUUAUUCAAACGAGUACAACAUCUCGCAUAUGGAUCAGUUAUUUAGCGGGAUGGAUAUAUGGUGUUGCCUCUGCUAGUGGUUCUUUGUACUUUUCUUUAAAUUUUGGAGACGAGGGUGGAGCAAGCGUGAUAGCUUGGAUUAUACGUGCAUGUAUCGUUCAAGGAUUACAGCAGAUAUGGGCAAGCUGUCUUUGGUACUGGGGUUCGAAAAUUGAUCGAUUACUUCAAGACCAUCGGCUUUUCCCUCACGAAUUUUAUCCUUUAGGAGCAGUAGCGGCAGUUGCGUGGCCCUUAGCCAUGCUGAUGUUAAUAUGUGCUGUGUUACUUAUUUUUGGGUUGCCCGAGUACUAUUGGCAAAGUCCUGGGAAUAUUCCAGCGUUUUAUUCAGCAUUACUAAGAAGAAAACUUGUAUUAUGGUUUAUAGUUGCAACUAUAGUGCAAAAUUACUGGUUAUCAACUUUAUAUGGUCGUUCGUGGAAAUACUUAUGGGGAAGUUCGAUACUUUCACCUUGGAAAAUCUUAACUUUUUCGUUUUUCUUUUUCGCGAUGUUGUGGCUGUCGACUAUGAUAUUGCUGGGAUGGAAAUCUAGAACUCAUACAUGGCUCUUACCAGUUUUCGGGAUAGGACUAGGAUCACCACGAUGGUUACAGAUGAUGUGGGGAACCAGCAAUAUGGGCGUUUAUCUUCCGUGGUGUGGUUCUGCCAGUCCCAUUGUUGGUCGUAUCUUAUGGCUUUGGCUAGGAGUGCUAGAUUGCAUACAAGGAGUAGGUAUAGGAAUGAUACUUUUGCAAACCUUGACACGAAGACAUUUGGCAACUACCUUAAUGGUUGGACAAACCGUGGGUACAAUUACUUCGAUGAUAGCCAGAGCAACAGCUCCUAAUCGACUUGGACCAUCAUCUGUUUUUUUGGAUUUUACAUCUUGGCAAUUUGAAGAUGGAAUGAGAAUCUUUAAAAGCGCUCCAUUUUGGAUCUGUUUACUGUCGCAAGUAAUCGUUAGUGCAGGGUAUCUACUAUUUUUUCGACGAGAAAAUUUGAGUCGUCCUUGAUCAAUAAGUGUGACCUUUCCUAAUGAAAAGUUAUCUGUUGUUGUAAUUAAGAAUUACUAUAUCCAAUUGACGGUGUUGCAGCCCAAUUAACUAUGAGUUUAUAAAAAAAAACCAUGUUUUACAUGAAAACUUCAUGAAAAUGAUUAAGAAUAAUGUUAUCGUUUAUGAACACAAUGAAAUUCAUUGAAAGGUAUUUAGGAAGAUUAAUGCUAACGAGUAAGAUCUGCAUCAAGCCUAGUUGGUGAUGUAGGUACACUUCUAUUGAAUAAAUAGAAGAAAAAAAAGAAAGAUAUACGUUGCAUGGAUGAACAGUGAAUCCAAUGGAUGUCUGAAGUCUUUUGCAAAGCAAUACUACAGUUUUAGGAAGCACACUAUGGCAAUGUCCAGGAGUGUUAAUUAGUCAAAAUAAGAAAGAACUACAAAUUUUCAAAAUCAUUCUUACUUCAUUAUACUACAUAAUUUUAGAGCAAUAAGAGAUAUGUAUAGCG